AUUCAGUAAAGAAAGAGGAAGAAACAUUAACCAGAAACAUAUCUGAACUUGGACAGUUUAACAGUUUAAACCCUCAGAGCUGCUCCUGUUAUUUUCUCCUGGAUGAAGGAGAUAAUCAUCUCUUAAUGAGGCAGCACUGAUGAUGUCACUCAGAUUGACUCCUCCCCUUCCUCUGCUGUUUCUGCUCAUAAUUUCAAGAGUUGUCUCCCAGUCAGAGUGGAGUGUAACUUAUACACCGAGCUCCAUCUGUGCUGUAAAGGGAUCUACAGUGACCAUGGGCUGCACAUACACAUAUCCAUCUGGUUACACAGUUCAGACAGCUUUCUGGAGCAGAGAGUUAGUUACAGAUAAAGAGCCUCCUGAUCUGUCUUCAGACCCAAACUACAGAGACAGGGUUCAGUACCUCAGAGACAACCUGAAUAACUGCCAUCUCAGACUGAGUGAUGUGAGAGAACAGGACCGAGGAAAAUACUACUUCACAUUUCUAACAAACCCUGAAGAAAAGUAUCAGGGUCAAGAUGGAGUUGAACUUUUUGUCACAGUCACAGAGUUUCAGGUGGAGAUGAUUCCUGAUACAGUUGUUGAAGGAGAUGAAGUUACUCUCACAUGUAAAACCACCUGCAGUCUGACUGAGACUCCAACAUUCACCUGGUACAAAGAUGGACAUUAUUUCUCCUCCUCGAACCCGCUCCGUCUGCCAUCAGUCAGUCAGAGGGAUGCAGGCAGAUACAGCUGUUCUGUACAGGGACAAAGUUAUCUCUCCCCUGCUGUCACUCUUAAUGUACAAUAUCCUCCAAAGAGAGUCUCAGUGUCCAUCAGUCCCUCUGGUGUGAUAGUGGAGGGCAGUUCAGUGACUCUGACCUGCAGCAGUGAUGCUAACCCACCUGUACAGAGCUACACCUGGUAUAAGGGAAGAUACUUUAUAAGAACAGGAAAAUCCUACACCAUGAACAGGAUCAGAGCUAUGGACAGUGGAGAUUACACAUGCAGGGCUGAGAAUAAACACGGAGAUCAGACAUCUACUGCUGUGUCUCUGAAUGUCCUGUAUCCUCCAAAGAAUGUCUCAGUGUCCAUCAGUCCCUCUGGUGAGAUAGUGGAGGGCAGUUCAGUGACUCUGACCUGCAGCAGUGAUGCUAACCCACCUGUACAGAGCUACACCUGGUAUAAGGUGAAUGAAAGCUCACCUGUAGGAUCUGGACAGAGUUACAGCUUCACCUUGACCUCCAGCAGCAGUGGAGGGUUUUUCUGUGUGGCUCAGAAUAGAUACGGGAGUCAGAGAUCUCCUGCAGUGCCUCUCACUUUAAAUUCUAUUACAGGGAGGAGUGUAGUACUGUAUGUAGUUCUUGGAGUCAUUGUGGGAUGUGGAUGUUUACUUGCCAUUGUUGGUGUUUUAUGUAUAAGGAGAAAGAGAACAGGAAGGUCAGGUGAUAAUGCAGAGUCUCGUCAGAACGUUUCCUGCAGUCCUACUGAUGACACAUACACAGCUCUUGAUCUUCAGACCAGGUCCAGUGACGUGUACGACACGCUUACAACGGUUCACCCGAACCUUCCUGAUUCUCAGUCCAUCUCUCAUGAUUACGAAAAUGAUCCAGUGAGCGCUUCCAUUUGUUCAUCACUGAAUAUAGUACCAGGAGAUACUGUGUCUCAGCUACAUGGGCUUGGCAACUACGAUGGUUUCAGACGUCGUCCCCUCGGGGUGAGGGAGCAGCUAAGUGUGAAGCAGGCAGCACUGAUGAUGUCACUCAGAUUGACUCCUCCCCUUCCUCUGCUGUUUCUGCUCAUAAUUUCAAGAGUUGUCUCCCAGUCAGAGUGGAGUGUAACUUAUACACCGAGCUCCAUCUGUGCUGUAAAGGGAUCUACAGUGACCAUGGGCUGCACAUACACAUAUCCAUCUGGUUACACAGUUCAGACAGCUUUCUGGAGCAGAGAGUUAGUUACAGAUAAAGAGCCUCCUGAUCUGUCUUCAGACCCAAACUACAGAGACAGGGUUCAGUACCUCAGAGACAACCUGAAUAACUGCCAUCUCAGACUGAGUAAUGUGAGAGAACAGGACCGAGGAAAAUACUACUUCAGAUUUAUAACAAACCCUGAAGAAAAGUAUCAGGGUCAAGAUGGAGUUGAACUUUUUGUCACAGAGUUUCAGGUGGAGAUGAUUCCUGAUACAGUUGUUGAAGGAGAUGAAGUUUCUCUCACAUGUAAAACCACCUGCAGUCUGACUGAGACUCCAACAUUCACCUGGUACAAAGAUGGACAUUAUUUCUCCUCCUCGAACCCGCUCCGUCUGCCAUCAGUCAGUCAGAGGGAUGCAGGCAGAUACAGCUGUUAUGUACAGGGACAAAGUUAUCUCUCCGCUGCUGUCACUCUUAAUGUACAAUAUCCUCCAAAGAGAGUCUCAGUGUCCAUCAGUCCCUCUGGUGUGAUAGUGGAGGGCAGUUCAGUGACUAUGACCUGCAGCAGUGAUGCUAACCCACCUGUACAGAGCUACACCUGGUAUAAGGGAAGAUCCUCUAUAAGAACAGGAAAAUCCUACACCAUGAACAGGAUCAGAGCUACGGAUAGAGGAGAUUACACAUGCAGGGCUGAGAAUAAACACGGAGAUCAGACAUCUACUGCUGUGUCUCUGAAUGUCCUGUAUCCUCCAAAGAGUGUCUCAGUGUCCAUCAACUCCUCUGGUGAGAUAGUGGAGGGCAGUUCAGUGACUCUGACCUGCAGCAGUGAUGCUAACCCACCUGUACAGAGCUACACCUGGUAUAAGGUGAAUGAAAGCUCACCUGUAGGAUCUGGACAGAGUUACAGCUUCACCUUGACCUCCAGCAGCAGUGGAGGGUUUUACUGUGUGGUUCAGAAUAGAUACGGGAGUCAGAGAUCUCCUGCAGUGCCUCUCACUUUAAAUUUUAUUACAGGGAGCAGGAGUGUAGUACUGUAUGUAGUUCUUGGAGUCAUUGUUGGAUGUGGAUGUUUACUUGUCAUUGUUGGUGUUUUAUAUAUGAGGAGAAAGAGACACAAUGGUGCGGCUGAUGAUGUAACAUCAAAUCAGGAAAAUAUCUACUCCACUGUUAACAGUGAUGCAAGCAACAAUCCAACACCUCAUCCAGAUCUGGUCAAUCAGAAUGAUGUUCAGUAUGCCAGUAUCCAGCACAGGAGGGCAGGGAGUUCUCCAGUACAGGCCUCUGGCUCUAGUACUGCUGAGGUGGUUCAGUAUGCUUCUAUCCAGUACCGGGGUGACAGAGUGGAGGAAAAGACUCCAGAGAAUGAUGAUCACUAUGCUAAUGUCACGUUUAAUCUCACUGGUGCUGCCAACAGGUCUGAUGCUCAGUGAUUUACAGCAGCUGAAGUGACCAAAUUCCACAGAUCUGCCCAGGGCAAGUGUUACCUGAACAUUCACUCAAUUAUAGGCAAUGGAAAAUAAAAGAAAAGAAGAUGAGCAAUUGGUUGACUAUAAACAGUACACGUUAUUUUCAUAUUUUCUGCAUUCUAUAGAAAGAAUCCUAUUGGAUAAUUGUUUUAAGUACUCCAAACACUUCAUUUCCUUUUAGGAUGCAACAUCCUUUAAGAUCAGUCCAUCAGGGACAUCAGUCAGGUUCUUCAAUCUAUUGUAAAAAUACUUGUGAAUAGACUUUUUUGUGUUACAUCAACAUAUUGCAUCAUACUUUUUACACAAAUGCAACCGUAUAUGACUUUAAUCACCACUUAAAGAACAGGAGAAAUUCUAUUAGACGUUUAACUUAAAGAAAAGUUUCUUCAUCAUUUUAUUUCCAGUAUUUCCUUAAUAAGUUUAUUUUGUUAUUGAUAUUUUUCUGCAUGCAGCUGUUUAGUUCAUAUUAUACACAAAAAUAAACAGAUCUCUGAAAUGCUAAUGUUUCAGAAAUGGUAGACAGUAGGUACAAUGUUUAGUUUUCAGUCACAAAUCUCAGGAUUAUUAUUAUUAUAAUUAUUAUUAUUAUUAUUAUAUUUACAAGAUGGCAGCUUAGCUUUUAAUGCACUGAUUUUUGUAUAUUGAAAUCCAGCCCAGUUAUAUAUGUAAUAACCCUUUAAACUGAUUUGUUCACAAUUUACACAAUUAUACACGCUUAGACCAGAAGUAUGUUCACCCUGACUGUCACACCUGUAUUGGUUCUUUACCCAAACUUGCACAAAGUUGGAAGCACAGAAUUGUAUAAAAGGUCUUUGUGAAAUUACAGUUUCCCUUUACUGGAACUAAGAGACUCAGACAUUGUUCCAGCGUGACAAUGCCCCUGUGCACAAAGCAGCCCUAUAAAGACAUGGUGAAGACAUGGUGUGUUAUGGUUAGAAUAGAAGAAGACAUGGUGAAGACAUGGUGUGUUAUGGUUAGAAUAGAAGAAGACAUGGUGAAGACAUGGUGUGUUAUGGUUAGAAUAGAAGAAGACAUGGUGAAGACAUGGUGUGUUAUGGUUAGAAUAGAAGAAGACAUGGUGAAGACAUGGUGUGUUAAGGUUAGAAUAGAAGAAGACAUGGUGAAGACACGGUGUGUUAUGGUUAGAAUAGAAGAAGACAUGGUGAAGACAUGGUGUGUUAUGGUUAGAAUAGAAGAAGACAUGGUGAAGACAUGGUGUGUUAUGGUUAGAAUAGAAGAAGACAUGGUGAAGACAUGGUGUGUUAUGGUUAGAAUAGAAGAAGACAUGGUGAAGACAUGGUGUGUUAAGGUUAGAAUAGAAGAAGACAUGGUGAAGACAUGGUGUGUUAUGGUUAGAAUAGAAGAAGACAUGGUGAAGACACGGUGUGUUAUGGUUAGAAUAGAAGAAGACAUGGUGAAGACACGGUGUGUUAAGGUUAGAAUAGAAGAAGACAUGGUGAAAACAUGGUGUGUUAUGGUUAGAAUAGAAGAAGACAUGGUGAAGACACGGUGUGUUAUGGUUAGAAUAGAAGAAGACAUGGUGAAGACAUGGUGUGUUAAGGUUGGAGUGUCUUUAACAGAGCCCUGUAACAGAGCCCUGACCUCAACCCCACUGAACACCUUUGGGAUGAACUGAACACCGACUGCACCCCAGACAUCAGUGACUGAGCUCAUUAAUGUUUUGUGGCACAAAUUCCCAAAGCAAUGCAAUAAAAUCUAGUGGAAAACCUUCCUAGAAACAUGGAGGUAGUAAUAAUAACAAACACCAAUAUGUCUUAAUUUGAGUGGUUUUGUUGUGAUGGCCAGGUGUCCACAUACUUUUGGCCAUUGAGAAUUAAGAUUAAACUAGACACUAUCUCAAACUUGGCUGAAUUUAAUUUUUUGGCUCUGGUAUUUAUGUUUUUGAAUUUUUUUAGUAUAUUUAUCAUGGGAUGUUUUAGUGUUCAUGUUAGUGCUUGAGUGUCUUUUUUUUACUGUAAUAUUACUUUGAUUUCAAAUUAUCUAAAGAAAGUUAUUUUUUUAAAAUAUUUUUCACAGUAUUUGUGUUUUUAUAUCAAUUAAAAUGUUAGGAAAAAGACUGAAUAGUUUUCUGUGAAUAAAAGUAAUGUUUACUUGCUGCACUGUAUGACAUAAUGCCCAUAAAAUCUUGACUGAAUUCUAGAGCAGACUGUAAGAUGAUGUAGUAUUAUACUCUGGAAAUAUUAUAAAACAAGAUAUAAGUUAAAGAAAAUUAGUUCUUCAUUUUUGUUCUAUCUUUUGCACUUCCUUAUUUGAAACUGUCCUGUGGUGUACAGCAUCAAAUACUGCUCACUCUGGAGAUUUUAAUAAAAAUUUCUCACACUACCAGAACUUUGUUGUC